UCAAAAUUUGAUUUGGCGGUACGUUUAUAUUGAUGCUAUUGAAUGCAGGAUUAUUUAAUAUUACGGACAAUUAAUUUUAAGAGUUGAGUAACAAAAUGUAAGUUAUGGAAAAAGAAGGGUAAUCUAUCGUUGCACACAGACACCUACACUCGGAUGCAAUCCCAACAGAAUUUGUAGUAGCAAUGGAAGUCUCUAACAUUUUAUCUGGCCUGAAAGAACUUAGUGAUUCUGCUGAUGUUAUUAUUGGUGGCUUUAUGAAGGAAUGUGAUCGAGUGGAUGAAUGGUUUACUUUUGUGAAGAAAGCUGUUAUAAAUAUACAAAAUGCCACACAAGAAGAACUUAAGUGCAAUUAUAAUUUGGGGAAUUUACAUAAACUUGAUGUAUUUUUGAAGAAAGAUGAGCAAAGGAAUAAACAGUCACAACAGCGGUUGAUUUCAUUUGGUAAGAAAGAUCAUUUGCAUGGUAAUGGAAGCUCGAAUAAAAAUCUUAACUUAAAUAAAGAUGUUGAAAGUGUAAAACUGGAGGAAGUAUUGCCGAAACAGGACAAUCCAACUCUAUCUACGCUAUCAAAAUCAUCAACAAAAAAUGAGACUACAGGUUCAUGUAGUGUGGUUUCUAUACAUUCAGAACAAAAUUCUAAAACUGAAAAACGACUUGAGGAAAGUUCAGAAGCUGAUUCAGUUCCUGGAAAGAAAUCUAAAUACAGUUCGAAAGCUAAAGCAACUCCUCAGAAGCAAAAGAAUAAUUCAAGAAUUAAAAUAAGCCUUGAAAAUCAAGUUAAAGAUAUUUUAAAAGUUGAAGUAAAAGCUACUGAGUAUUCUCAUAGAAUUUUAGAGGAUAAAGAAAAUAGUGUUUCUCGAAAUGCCGAAGAAAGAGAAAGAAAUUUGGAAAUUUUAAAUUCCCCACUUGUUGUAAAUCUUGUGACACCAUCUAAAUCUCCCUAUGUAAAACUUCAAAAUAUGAUUUUGACUGAUAGUGUAUCUCAACAAACACAUACACCAAAAGCUUCCAAAAGGAAAUCGUCAUUACCAGAUGAGAAACAGGACUGUAAGAAGCAAGUAACUUAUGAAUCAUGUCAAUCAGUUGGAGAUAUUAAAAAAAGUACUAGAGGAAUGAAAAAGAUCAAGGAUAACAUUGGUACUGGAUCUUUAACUUGCUCUAAAACACCUGUAAACCGAAAAUCUGCACAAAAGAAAAAGCUUGAUGAUAUCCAGAAAAAAGAAGCAAAGGCAAAUCAGGCAUUGCAAAAAGUAUUAUCAGAACGGCAGUUAAAACUCCAGGAAAACAAAAGGAAACGUGAGGAGAAAAUGGAGAAAACAUUAAGACAGAGACAAAAAAUUGAGAAAGAAAGAGAGGAAAAAAAACAAAGUCAUCUGAGAGAAUGUGAAUCUGUUCAUGGGAAAACUAAAAGUGCUCCUAAAAAUAGAAAUCAACCUAAAGCUGUUUUAAAUAAAGUAGUCAAACCCAGUCCUCCAUUGAACAAAGAUGUUGUUUCAACACCAAAUCAGUUUAAUGCAACAUUUGUCACAAGUGCUUCACCUGCAAAAUCUGCUGAAAAUGUUAAACUGCCAGAUGUUGUUUCUGCAGCUGACAUUAAACUCAGUGCGUUGUCUAAUUCAAGUGAAAAGUGUAAUAAAUAUAUUCAAAAGAGUUCCAAAUUUGCAUCACCGUCAUCUUUUGUAAAUUAUGAUUUGUCCGAUACAGACACAAAUUCCGAUGAUGAAGAUGAACGACCCCGGAAGCCUUUUCCAUCAUGGGCAUUUGGUCUUCCUUUGCGAAAUGCAUUGUUGCAUCAGCUUUAUAAUCCGCCGGAUACAGAUGUUUUAUUUGGAAAUUUCAUUAAACCUCCAAAUUUAAGUGAAUUGUUAGGAAUAACCAAGAAAGAAUAUAACAUAAGGUCGAGUUCUGCUAUUUGGCAUUCACCUGUGUCUAUCUGUGAAUGAAAUCUCUGUUGAUCUACUUUGCUAUGGUGUGUGUUAAUGAAAUUAUUAUUUCUAAGAUGGUGACAAUGGAACUUUUAAUGCAUGAUUUCAAAUUGCAAAAUUCAGAAGCCAGAUGAUCUGCAAAAAAUCUAUUUGUAUUUUUCUAAUUUUUGCAUACAUUAUUUAAAAUUGGUGUGUUAUUAGAGACAUAAUCAUUUUAUAUGCCUUUCCAUGUGAUUUGUAUUUUUGUCGUUUUUUAUUUGUAUUAGUAACUAGCUUUUCAUAAUCAUGGUUUUAUUGUAAGAUUUAUUUUCAUUCAGGAUUUAUGAAGAUAGUUUCACAAUUUAUGUAAAUCAGCAUUUACUAUUAUAUCUUGUAUUUGUCAUUUUAUGUAAUAUUAAUUUUCAUAAAAAUUAAUAAAUUUACUUGAGUAUA